AAAAAAAUUGUUUUUCCCAUUGAAUGGACUCAAUUAGUGCAAUUCCGAAAAUUUCAAACCAUGCAUCAUCAUCGUCAAUUAUUACGACAGAAUAAUAAAGCUUUAAUUCUUAAUUCAAAAUGUGUUUGUGGGGCCAUGCGAAACUAUUUGGAUUCAUUUUUAGUGCCAAACUCAAAGAAAGGUUCUUCAAUUUUAUGGUAUCUGGAUAAUAUUUUCAAUGAUAUUCAAUGUUGCUCUGAUGGUAGAAAACAUGAGAAAACACCAGAUGAGCUGGCCUAUGCGAUAUGUUGUAAGCCCAGAAAACGACGUAAGCCGAAAAAAGUUAAAGAAAUUGAUACACUGCCCAUACCAAAUGCCCCAUGGACUCCUCUCACGGGUUCGGGACUAAUGUGUGGCAAAAGUUUGCCCAAGAGAUCACCAGUUGUUAUAAGACCACAAACUAAAAUCAAUCAAGAAGUACCAGCUCAAGGGGCCAUGGAAGGCAGACUAGCUAUGAGACGUCGAUCUAUUCCCAGGACACUACAAACUCCUACAUGGCUCCUAGAUCAAGACCGCAAAUCUAAAGAUGAAGCCGAGGCUAAAAAACUACGUCAAGAGGAGGAGGAGAAACAAAAAUAUUUACGCAAACUUGAAGCAAUGGUAAGAUUUAAGCUAUUCCGGGAGAUUAAUCAAAAAAUAAAUCUACUACGGAACAAAAGAAUGUCCUUAAGUGAUAGAGUUCCAACGCCGUAUCGUCGAUCAGUCGAUUUAAAAUCUUUAUCCGAUCUUAAAGAGAAAAAACAACAAUGGAGUGAAAAUCUGGAGGAGAAAUUUCUUCUGCAUACUUUUACUCCAACGAUAGAGAAAAAGAAGCAAUCUAAGAAAAAGACAAUAGACCGCUCCUUGAGAACACCCUUUGGCAUUUAUGAUUUCAUGGAAAGAUCACAUAGACCCAAUUUCAGUUAUAGAUUUUCCAAAAUGCUCCGACAAGAAGCUGCCGUAGUUCCGGAGUUUCAUCCGAAUCUCAAGAGUAGAUAUGCCUUACAAGGAGAACAUCCACGACAAGUCACUCAAAGAGAGUAUUCGGAGAAAAUUGGUGAUACUCUAAAGAACAUUGAAAGUGUAGGUAAACAAAAGCCUGGUUUAUCUUUUAGAGAGCUAUUAAAAGAUAUUGAGCAACCAAAAGAUCAUCCAAUUUUAAAAAGCAGAUAUGAAAUGCCAACUGACAAGCACAAAAAACGCAAAGUAACAUCUAAAUCGAAGACAUCAGCCAAACCUCAGCAAAAAUCCACUAAAUCCCAUGAUGAAGGGUUCGGUAUACCACUUGACAAUCUCUUAGGAUUGCAAAAAAGUCAAUUAAAAAUUCGGCCAAAAUUCACACAUAGAUUUAGUAAAAUGUUGCAUGGCAAAACUGCCUUAAAACCGGAAUCGCAUCCAAAUUUUAGGAGUAUGUAUGAUAUGUCUGGAAUCAAUGAGCCUUUAAAAACCAUCAAGGAUACGGUCUCAAAGACAAUGCUCCAUAAAACACAAUCUUCAAUCCAGAGAAUGCACAAAAUGCCUUCCAUAAGUAGUCAUUUCAAGCAUAAAGAUGAAAUCAAGAAACACCAUAUGGCUAGGAGUUCAAAAAUUAUAUCCGGAUUACCGGCACACAAACGGCAAUUGAGGCGUGUUCGUAAUUCCAUGCAAAGUACAGGAAGUGUAUCCCAGGAUAUAGAUCAGAUUAGUAUGAUUGGCGAUGCAUUAGAUUGGGAACCACCACUGAGACUUAGGCGUAAUAAACCGGGAAUACCAAAAAUGCAAAUGCAUCGCUUAAAAUCAAAAACCUACUCAAAGACCCAUCUAGCUCGCGAGACAAUCCUAUCGGAUUCAAAGGAAGAAGGUGCUCUAUCACAAUUGCCUGUCCCUAAAUUUCCUCGUUUGGGUGCUCAUAAUACAUAUGCGGAAUAUAAGCCUGAUUUAAUUCUACCAUAUCAAACAUAUUCGAAUCCAUCGAUGUCUACCACAGGGAGUGUACCACUGCAAUUCAGCAAUUUUCGUCGACCAUUCCGAUACAAGGCUCCAGAUCUUACGUAUGCGCCAAGAGCAAAGCCAAAAGAUCAUGGACUUGACGUCAAGAAAUCGUCAAUGAAGGUAAACGGGAUUAAACCGAAAUCAACACAAGAGGAAGAUAAUAUCAGUAUUGGUGUGGGCAUAAAAUUGCGUAAAUUCUCAUCGUAUAUUAAGAAUUCUUUGCCUGAUCGAAUGAUUGUAAAAAGAAUUGGAUCCAAGACGUCCAUUGCCUAUCUACGCUCAAAUAAGAAGCCGACAAAAAAUGAGUUAGAUAAUGUCUCGCUAAUAAGUUUGCAGAAAUCUGGUGAUUCUGGAAUGUUAAUCAGUAGCAGUGAUAUAUUGAAAACAUCAGCACCCCAACCACCAUCACCACCGGCAACCACGAUUAAGAACAAACCAGAAGAAGUAGAAUUUAUGUUUGCCCCCGAUGCCUGUACGCCAUUGAGCUCUGAUGCUGGAACUCGAAGUUCAAGAGAAAGUUUCACUUAUACUACAUCUACAGUGCAUUCAAAAAUAAAAAAGGCACCCACAAAAAUAGUUCCAGUUCCACCAUCUCUAGCGUCCAUUCAGAACUUAAAGGAUAAUCCAAAAGGACAGAACAGUAAACGCAAACGUAAAAUCACAAGAUAUCCCAGAGUUCAUAUUAAAGAACAAAGUACAUAUUCCGAAACUGAGAACGACAAUGCAUCGAAGCAUUCAUCAAGAUCUGCUGUGUCCAUGGAUGAAGUGGCCAAGGAGAUAGAUGAACUCGAAGCUAGGGCCAGAGAGAGGCAAUCCCUGAGAUGUACAAAACAGAGUCUACGCGAAAAAUUCACCAUGGAGGAGCAUGAGAAAUUGAAUGAGAAAAUUCGCCAAUAUAUCGAGCAAUGUGCCAUACGUGAGGAUCAUCAAUUUAAGAAGCCGCCACGAGAUUUUGUCGCCGAGGGUAAAAAGACAUCAUUAACUCCACCCCUUAAACGCAGUAAAAAAGCCAAGAUUCCAGUGAAAAUUAAUCAUGAUAAAUUUCCAACGGUUUUGGAAAUUCUUAGAAUUACCGAUUUAUCCAACAUCAAGUUACCGUCGAUUACGGAAGAGCUCUAUAAGCAUUGGACCAAUGACUAUCCCACUGAUUGGACUUAUCCUCUGCUGGAGCCCCUAAAAAUACGGCGUUACGUCAGAGAUUCCUCAUCUUUUCUGGCACCAAGUCCAUGUUUGGUAGUAGAAGAAGAAUGCGUAGCACUAGAGCAAAGUCCCAUGAUACAAAAAACAGUCGAGCAAAGUAGUUUAGAUAAAUGUGGUAACAAUUGUUAUUGUUCUGUUUGUGAUUUCUUUAAAAUUGGUGCUCGUGCUCCCGACUCUCCUCUGAUUAAGCGUAUGAAAAGAAGAUGGCAAAGAUUGGAACUCAUGGCCUAUAAUCGCCUAAGGCAACUAUGUGAAAUGGAAAGAACCCAAAAGAUCAAGCCAUCUAGCAGCAUCCUGAAACCAUCCUUAGAUUGUGGUCACAGUUAG